GAGUCAUGUGUAACAGACUGAUAUGUUACAGAUGAAAAUCAUGAGUAUGUGAAGUGUUGUUGACAGCGCUAACAAUGGAUUCAACAGUUAACGGGACAUAUGAUUUGACAGCUGAGUCAAACAGCACCAAUUUUGUCAAACUGACAAAGACAGCGGUAACAGAUGCCGUAUCCAAAGUAAUGCAGAGCUUGAAUGAUGACGUGAACUCUGGAAAUAUAAGUAUAAAUACAACUCAGAAUAACAACACAGCCAGCUUUGCUUUUUUACAGACCAAAUCAGCCAAGGGUGUAGCAGGAGCAUGUGUUUGGGCAGCACUCUUCAUAUCUUGUCAUCAGAUAUAUCAGUAUCUCAGGUACUAUACUAACCCAGCAGAGCAGAGAUGGAUAGUGCGUAUACUGUUUAUUGUUCCCGUUUAUGCAUUUACCUCCUGGCUCAGUCUACUGUUCUUCAGUUAUGACAACUACUACGUCUACUUCAAUGCUAUCCGGGACUGCUAUGAAGCAUUCGUCAUCUACAACUUUCUCAGUCUCUGCUAUGAGUAUCUAGGUGGUGAGGGUAACAUAAUGACGGAGAUAAGAGGGAAGCCAAUCAAGUCUAGCUACUGGUACUGUACAUGCUGUCUUGCCGGUCAAAGCUACAACAUUAGCUUUCUCAGGUUCUGUAAGCAAGGGACUCUUCAGUUCUGUAUCAUCAAGCCAGCCAUGUCCAUCAUCACCAUCUUUCUCCAGUCAUACGGUCUGUACCAUGAUGGAGACUGGACUCCUAGUGAGGGAUAUCUCUACAUCACACUCAUCUACAACGCCAGUAUCUCUGCUGCCCUCUACGCCCUGUUCCUCUUCUACUUCGCCACCAGGGAGCUCCUCAGGCCCUUCGACCCUGUCAUCAAGUUCUUCACCAUCAAGUCUGUCAUUUUCCUCUCUUUCUGGCAAGGAGUACUGCUGGCGAUCCUGGAGAAACUGACGAUCAUUGAGGCGAUCAUCACAGAGGAUGGAGUUACAGAGACACAAUCAGGAACUGUCUCCGCAGGGUUUCAGAACUUUCUGAUUUGCGUAGAGAUGUUCCUUGCGGCCAUUGCCAUGCGAUACGCAUUCCCAAUAUCUGUCUACACGGGAGAAGGAACUGGUGGAGUUGAAGGAGGAAGAAAUGUGACAAUGCAGAGUAUCUCCUCCACACUCAGAGAGACGAUGAACCCACGUGACAUCAUGACUGACGCUAUACACAACUUCCACCCUCAAUACCAGCAGUACACGCAGUACAGUUCGGAUAAUAAACGAUUCCAAAACAAAGGAACAGGCGGAGAUAAAGGGGACAACCUGAAUACGUCAGCAGGAAAUGAGAACACUAACGGAGUAGUACUAUCUGCAGCUGCACCUGCUGAGCUCCAACCUAGUGAUUCUGUAACCAACACAAUACAACAGGCGGUAGCUCAGCUUGGAAUCCCUAGGAAAAAGAACCACGAGAAGUCUCUACUGCUAGAUGAGGAUUUCAGCUAAG